UCCAAUCGCGAUUUUUGGCACGUCACAGCCGCGUCAUCAUGUCUCCGUGUCUGCUUUUAUCGCAGGGGAAUUAAUUAGUUCAACAUUAUCACACCUUAUUGAUACCUUUAUAUGUGAACUAUAUAUUUUAGACAGUUUGAAAGUAAAGCCCCAUGAUGGAACUGCUGAGCCAAGUGUCUAGCACACAAUUUUUGUUCCCCGCGGCCGCGGUGGCGGUUGUUUUACUAUGCGCAGCGCUAGUAUUUAUCUUCGGGUUCCACUCGGCGGAACAGCCGCAGUUCGACAAAUUGGCGCUAGUGAUCGACGACAAGAAGUCCUCGAAUAAGAAAGUGAAGAAAUCGAAGGAGAAGAAAUCGUCACCCAACCGCUCGAGCGAUGACGCGAAGGCAAAGUCUGAGAGCUCCAAGAAAUCUCCUACUAAGGAGAAAGCGAAGGAGGCCGAGAAGCCUAAACCCAAACCUGAGAGGCCGGCUGAGCCCAAAGUUGUGAAGAAGGAGGCUCCAGUUGAGGCCAAGAAGGGCAAGAAGGGUAAAGCAGCUGCGGAGGCUGAGAAGCCCGCUGACUUUGACGAUGGCGGCUGGCAGGAGGUGCCCAAGAAGAGCCAGAAGAAGGUGAAGAGCCCCGAAGAGAAGGAGAAAGAAAAGAAGGAGAGCCCCGCCAAGAAGAACAAGAACAAGAAGGCCAAGGAUGCUGAUGUGGAAGCUGCCCGCCCGGUGGAGGAACCUGUUGAGGAGACCAUCAAGGUGUUGAGCGUGGAGGGCCCCCGUGUGGAUGCGGAGGCUGCGCGUGCCCUGCAGGCGCAGAUCGAAGAGGUGCAGAGAGUGCUCAAGGAGGCCGAGCGUCGCGACAACCCGGGCCUCGCGACCAACGAGGACGGCGAGGCCGAGGAGACCCCCGACGUCAAGGACCUCCGCAGCGACAAGAAGAACCAGAACAAGGAGAAACAGACCAAGAAAAAGGCCAAUGAAGCCGCUGCUGUAGCCAAGAGUGCUUCUAAGGAGGCUGACUCCGACUCGGACAAGCAAGAUGACAAGCCCAACGUGCCGGUCUUUGAUGAACUUGGAGACACCUGGACGGACGCCAAAGCCAAGAAAGGCAAGAAGAAGGCUCGCAAAGACCAGUGAGCGGCGCUCACCCGGCCGGGGCCCGCGCAGGCGCCCGUCGCUAGCUCAAUGCCACCCCCGCCACUACUCGCGCCUAGCCUCCAGUAGUCCCGCGGGCUGUGAAAGUUAUUUAUUAUUAAGUUUUACUACCUUACACAUUCAGUCGACUUACGUCCAUGUUUUUAGUUGUAUAUUUUAUUUUAUAUUUAGCUCGUGUUGACUUGUUUUUUCAUAAUAAUUUUAAUUCUCGUUUUCAGUGAAGCAUAAUAGGGUUUCGUUUUAGUAUGAUUCGUUAUGUAGUCGGGCGUUAGUGACCUUUGGGAAUCUGCAAUGCGUCCGGGCGCCGUAGAAGCGAUCACGAUGAACUUAUUUUGAGAUGAUUUUAACGAUUAACCGUCUCGUAGAGACGCCUCAUAGUUUCCGUGUAUUCAGUACAUGAGUAGGUGUCCAUUAGAUUACCACCCUACCUGCCCGUGUAGCGGCAGCCGUAGUUUUUAAACCUUUAAUGACCUUCACAAUCUUCUGGUGCUUGUAGAAAUAAGUAUCUUAUCUCCUUUCAUUCCAUUUCUGUGCAUUUUAUCCAUAUUUGUUUA